AGUCUUCUCCACACUCAGUUGCCAACGAAAUUCGUACGCGACGUGCGAUAGGCUGUCGCCAAGAGUUCGUAAAUUAACGAAAAGUUCUCGUGGAAGUGAAAGAAUAUAUGCUAACAGUAAUCUCGAUUUUCUCAGAAUACUGCCCUCCGGAUGCACAAUCUUAAAAUUGUUUGAGUACUCAUUACCCUCAAAUGUCGCUCUUAUUGAAGAUGGAAGUAUGUUUCUUACUCCAGAACCAUUUUGGCUAGUUUUUUGGGAAAACCACCAGAAAUAAGCGUCAAACUUGACUAGCUAGACUCAUAAACUAAGCUGUCGCAUUGAUGUCAGAGCAGCAAACAGUAAAAUGUAGCGGAGGAUUUGGUAUUUUAAAAUUAAGAUGUGCUAUACUGAGAAAGUACAAGGUCCGAAAAUGGAAUAUGGCUAAAAGUUCUAUCUUUAAAUCAAACAAAUGCCACCGGCAAUAAGAACUGAAAUAAAUGACUCAAAUAAUCAACGUCACGGGAAGCUGCGACACAAAUUCUACGUCAUAUGACUACCAAAAAGAAGAACUUAACCUACCGUAUGUUAUCUGCGAAAUAAUGGUCGCGGUGUUGGCAGUUUUUGGCAAUGCGUUGGUAAUUUACGUGUUUAAGAGAGAAAGACGGCUGCGGAGACGCACGAAUUACUAUAUCGUUUCUUUGGCCGCCGCCGAUUUGCUGGUCGGACUCUUUGGCAUACCGUUCGCCAUCAUGUCUUCGGUUGGUCUGCCCAACAAUCUUGAAGCUUGCCUGUUUACAGUUUCGUUGCUGGUGGUUCUUUGUACGAUAUCCAUAUUCUGUUUGGUGGCCGUGUCUGUGGAUCGAUAUUGGGCCAUCUUACAUCCAAUGGGCUACUCGAGAAAUGUGAGGACAAAGACUGCUUUAGUGAUAAUAAGUUGUUGCUGGGUUGCCGGUGUACUUGUCGGCCUUUUGCCUCUCAUGGGUUGGCGCCAGGAUCGUGUUACUCCGGUGAGCUGUUUUUUUCUGCACGUGAUGGACUACAAUUACUUGGUAUUUCUGUACUUCGGCACCAUAAUCACUCCGGCUUGCCUCCUGGUGGCUUUUUAUGCUCAUAUUUACACCGUCGUAUUAAAACAGUUGCGCCAAAUUGUGGUGAUGAAUCCUGAAUGCGGUUCCGCGUCGAAGGGUUUAUCCUCUGGCGGCAUGGUGCGAAUGCUGGGUGUCCAUCAAACCAACGAGGUGAAAGCGACUCAGAAUUUGGCCGUCAUUGUGCUGUUUUUUAUGAUAUGUUGGAUACCACUCUACACGAUAAACUGUAUUAUAGCGUUUCACAAGGACUUUAAAGUCAACUCGACUUUUAUGUUGGCGUGUAUAAUUUUAUCUCACGUAAACUCGGCUUGUAAUCCCUUGCUAUACGCGUAUAAUCUCAGAGACUUUCGAGCGGCGCUGAAGAAUUUCUUCUGCAGGCUGUUUAAAUUGGAACAAACGUACUGCGAUCAAUUUCGUCCCAGAUACCCAUCGGAUACGAAUUUUAGUCAGUGCAGACCGAGGAAUUCAAGUGCGAAGUUUUGUUAUCGAAACAAAAUACCUGUCGAGCCACAAUUUGAUGUCAACACCAACGCGGCCCAAGCUCCUGAAAAAAUCUGGAACAUCACCGAAGACUCGGGAAACUGUAGCAGUUCUAACGAUUCUUUGACCGCUGUGAAUACCGCUAUUCAUGGUAGAUCUCCAGUGUUCGUACAUUUGACGACGGAAUGCGAGAGAAGCGGCGACGCUUAUUACGACGCCCCGAAUGUGUUUGAAAUGAGCGACAAAUACGUGAAUUUCAAAGGCGGCAAAAACGUCGACUUUAGUUCACGUAGGUUAUUCGAGGAGACAAGAGCGACUAUUUUAAAAGAACCGAUCAUGGCGGCAGGUUCCACCAAAAGUUUUGGCAUUCUUAGUCGUUACGGUUUUGUAAACAGUAUUUUGAAAAAUCAAAGAAAGUUAGACAGGAGCUUAAGUGACGGGGGUCAUUCGGAUUCCACGAAACAUCUCAACAAGGCGAUCGCUGCCGAAUAUUUUUCAGCUAGUUAAGCGAUUUACCUAUUUGAUGUAAAUUAUUUGUGUGUACGCAAAAAGGGCCAGGAGAAGCGCUGAAAGCCAAUCAUUUAUAACGUUUCAGGAUAAGCUAAAUUAAUUAGUUUGGAAACACUGCAUUCCGCUUAAAAAUUGAUCGGGUGCCGCAAGGUCAGUGUCGAAUAAAAAAAUGAAAACCAUGAAUAACUUUAAACAAUAUAAUAAUGAUAAAUUCAACUAAUAUCACUCGAAAAACUCGGAUAGCAAUUUAACGUCCAUCUAUGUCUUCAAGUGAAUGAAGUUUCCAUUAAAAUGGGAAUUGUUGCUAUUCUGCUUGUUUUAUUUUAGUUUCCUUCUAAUUUGAAUAAUUUUGCUGAACAAACUUAAUUGAAACCAAAGUAAAUCAAAAGUAAAUUCUCGGGUUUGAUUACAAAUCUUAAAUUUUUAUUUAAUAAUUACCGCUCUUACAUUAAUCUAUUUAAAUUUGAUAGUUUAUUAUAUCCAAACAAUCUUUCAAUUAUUCAAUAAACAGAGAAACAUGAUAGAUAGUGACUUUUGCUCGAAGCGCCUUUAUCCUGUGGGCCUCUAAUGUCGUUAAUGUCAUUAAAAAACAAAAAGCACGCUCUGGAGUGAGACAAGCAGAUAGUGCUUCAAUGACUAAAACGCGACUCAAUAAAGUUAAGAAGAUAUAUAUGGGAAUUUUAUUUUUACCCAGUGCUUUUAUCGCUAGUCGCUGACAAUAACUAUUUGUCUAACUGGAAAACGGAUCCGACGUUUGUGUAAAAGGUGUGUCCAUGCGGAAAAUUUAGCUGGUGUCCCAUGUUAGUAUAUUCAGUUUUUGGUGUAACGAUAUUUGGUCGGUCUUAAUAAACCAUUCUACAGAUUUGCUUUUUUUACUACGACUUCAGGGCAAACCCUGUUCCCAUUAAAAAGAUUCCGACAAAGCAGUAAACACGUUGUGUGUAAAAAUAGUGCGUAUUAUAUUCUGUUAUAUAUCUGAAAAUUUUGUGGAUCA